AAAUUAAAAAAUUCAAAUAAUAUUUUUCGGCUAGUCUUUUUGGAUGAGGUGCAGGUUGUUACAAUUUAUAUUUUAAAACUCAUAAAAAAGAAAAAUAUGGCUAGCAAAUAUUAUUUAAACCUUUUUAUUCUGCAUAAAUAUUUAAGAUCCGGUCAUAAUAAGUACUGUCCUCUUCCCGGAUGCAUGGCAGCCAGCAGCCUCGAAGAUCAGGAUAACCCUAUCCCAAAUAGGCCACGUGUCGCUCUCUCCUCUCAUCUCUACCACCCGAAGAAUCCUCCUCCCACAUUCUUUGUUUUUUUAUGGAAACUUCUCCCACAGUUAAAAUCCUACACGCAGAAUAAGAUAGAGAUUCUCGCAAGGCGCGAAGGAGGCAAAGCAAUCCGUCACCAGCGAUAACUGCAGGAAGGAUGGCCUCCUUAAUCGCCGUCGCAGCUGUACAGCCGGUCGCCGUUAAGGGCCUCCCCGGGAGCUCCUUGAACGGGACCAAGCUCGCCGUCAGGCCUCCUCGCCGGACUCCGUCGCGUUCUAAACUUCGGUCCGGCAGCGGCGCCGUGGUGGCGAAGUACGGUGAGAAGAGCGUGUACUUCGAUCUGGAGGACCUCGGAAACACCACGGGCCAGUGGGAUUUGUAUGGCUCCGAUGCCCCCUCGCCUUACAAUCCUCUUCAGAGCAAGUUCUUUGAGACAUUUGCAGCCCCAUUCACCAAGAGGGGUUUGUUGCUGAAGUUCUUGAUAUUAAGUGGUGGCUCCUUGCUUGCCUACCUAAGCUCGACAGUUUCCGGUGACAUACUACCGAUCAAGAAGGGCCCUCAACUGCCACCCACCAAAGGGCCACGUGGCAAGAUAUGAUUGGUAUCGACCAUGAAAGUGUCUCCGUAUCUCCUUACAUACAUCGUCGGUAUGUGUCUGUUUGAUCAACUUUGUAAGUAAAGCCCGUUUGCCCUUCCAUGCUGCUUGUAGCGAUAAACUCGAUCUCAGAUAGUUCUGUUGUGCUAAGUCUUGAGUAUUUUAAUCAGAUCAAUCAGCUUCACCAAUUAUUUCUAGUUCUAUGUAGCAUGAUCAUUUGAUUGAUCUUAAGGUACUCUCGAAUGAUGACAUGAAAAUAGUAUAAGUGGCUGCAGCAGUUAAUUGUAA